AUGUUUAUAUCUAAAGCUGCAUGUAUUGUAGAACGCAAGAGAAGUACAAACCAAACCGCGCCAGCAUCUUCAUCACUCGCCCAAGAACUGUCCCCAAAGAACAAAGGACAGGCGAAGCGAGCGAAAGAGGCUUCUUCUGAUGCCGCUUCACUGGCAAAACCGAAGCGAAAGAAGCCCGCCGGUAAGACGACCAAGUCACAGAACCCAGUGAAGAAGAAAAAGAUGACGAAGAAGCAGCAACGUGAGGAGGAAGAGGAGCAACGUCGUGAGAAGUCUUCAUUCUCAACUAUUUGGAGCCCUCCUCGUAGUGAUGGACCUCUCACUUCAUCAAGUUGCCGUUCUCAGAUCAGUGAUGACCAAAUCAGCGCGGACUUACAAGAGCAUGCGGAAAGAGGGGAUCUGGAUGUAUGGUAUGGUGGUCUGGAUGGUAUAUCGUAA